AAAGCUAAAAAUGGUGAACAAGUUUUGAAGGUUUCAUUUAGCUGAACUAAAACAAAUCUCUAUAUAAUUGGGUGUUGUUAGAUUUUAAGUGAUUUUGUUGUAAUAGGAAUUGAAUUACAAUAUUUCGUCGAUAAGGAGACCUUAUUCCUAGUGUAGAACUGCGUACCAUGUCGUCUAGCAGGUCAAAGUCAUCAAUUCUCGACAAACCUCUUAGUAAAGGCAAAGGGGAGGUCUCGUUGGCUUUCUAUGCACUUUUAUUCUCAGAAAUAGUUCAAUAUUGUCAAAAUCGGUCACAUUCUAUUCACGAACUACAAACCAAAUUAUCAGAUAUAGGCCAUGAUGUGGGUACCAGGCUGCUGGAUCUUUACUUUGUUAGAGAAAGGAAUAGCAAGCGAGAAAUAAAACUGCUUAAUAUGCUCCUAUUUGUGAAGUCUACUUUAUGGAAGGUGUUGUUUGGCAAGGAAGCUGAUAAGCUGGAGCAUGCUAAUGAUGAUGAGAGGACCUACUACAUUAUUGAAAAGGAUGCCCUUAUAAACAAAUUCAUAAGUGUGCCAAAGGACAAGGGCUCUCUGAACUGUGCCACAUUCAACGCUGGCAUUAUUGAAGCUGUACUUACUAAGAGUGGAUUUCCCGCGAAGGUGACUGCCCACUGGCACAAGGGAACCACGUACAUGGUGAAGUUUGACGAUUCAGUCAUAGCUCGGGAUAAGGCCCUCGAUGACCGCUAAAUACUCUUUAUUCUACCCUAGUAUUGUAACCCAACGCAAAUAAUUUUAAGCCACUCAAUGUUCUGUAAGCUUGUCGAUUCUUUUUUACACCAGUCUAUUGAAUAGGUUAUUAUAGAAAUAAUAGAUGUUUAAAGUCGUAA